UCAAAGGCAAAAAAAUUUCCAUACUUAAAGCCUUCAAACUGUCAAACUGUCGACUUCAAAGAAGAAAAACUCUAGCCUGCUGUCACAGAACAUGCACUGGCAAAAAUCCGUGACUUCAGAACAACAUCAAAACAGUCAGACCAGACCAUACCUUGGUGUGCGUGUAAAGGAACCAGUCAAAGAACUUCUGAAGAGAAAAAGAGGGAGUGCCAGUGCAACUAACACUACAACCUCCCAGGUGACAUCAACUUUCCAGACAUAUCCAUCCUACACACCAGUAGCAGUCUCAAGCUCCACUGACAUGUCCUAUGUUGAUCUGGAUGCUACAACAACAGCAUUGCCUAUCCAUGAUGAAAGCAUCUUGUACGCUGGAUUGAUUUCACAACCACCCUCUUUUCAACCCUUAACGCAGUGGACAACAUGUCCAGAGUACAUUUCUCAUGAAAGUGUUAGCUGUCCUUAUACAACGGAUAUGUAUGUUCAGCCAAUGUGUCAAGGUUAUACAGUGGUUGGCCCACCUUCUGUGUUAACAUAUACUUCACAGCCUCUUCUAACAAAUUUUACAACACGAAAUAGCACUCAGUGUGUUGCUACUCAGUUAGAAUAUGCCGAUCAGCAAGCUUCGCUAACUUACUUCCCAUGGGCUCAGCCAAUUCCAUCCUUGCCAACAGCAACUCAUUCUAUACCCUACCAAGCAACAGCAACCACAUUCCAAAGCCCACAAUUUGUCCCAAUACCAAUUUCUUUACCAGAUCCUUUGCCAGAAGAACUGAAUGACUCAAGGCAAGCCAUCAACAAUGUGCCAAUUGAAAAAAUAUUACAUGGAGAAGAAGGGAGUGACUCAUAUGUUCUUCAUCAUACUCUGUCUAUUGAAGGGCUUUAA